UUGCAUAAGACUAGUCAACAUAAACAAAGGGUUCGUAACUUCGCAUCAUCUUCCUCCUUCAUAAACACCAAAGAAAAAAAGGAAGAGACUUUCGAAAUCAACAACCAUGGAGAAACCAAACCCUAGAAGACCCUCAAACAGUGUUCUUCCAUACGAAACACCAAGAUUAAGAGAUCACUACCUCCUCGGCAAAAAGCUAGGCCAAGGCCAAUUUGGAACAACAUAUCUCUGUACAGAGAAAUCAUCAUCUUCUAACUACGCUUGCAAAUCAAUCCCAAAACGCAAGCUUGUAUGUCGUGAAGACUAUGAAGAUGUAUGGCGUGAGAUACAGAUCAUGCAUCAUCUCUCUGAGCAUCCAAAUGUGGUUAGAAUCAAGGGUACUUAUGAAGACUCUGUUUUUGUUCACAUUGUUAUGGAAGUUUGUGAAGGUGGUGAGCUUUUUGAUCGGAUUGUUUCUAAAGGGCAUUUUAGUGAACGUGAAGCUGUUAAGUUGAUUAAGACUAUUCUUGGUGUUGUUGAGGCUUGUCAUUCUCUUGGUGUUAUGCAUAGAGAUCUUAAGCCUGAGAAUUUCUUGUUUGAUAGUGCCAGUGAUGAUGCUAAGCUUCAGGCUACGGAUUUUGGUUUGUCUGUCUUCUAUAAGCCAGGGCAGUAUCUGUAUGAUGUAGUUGGAAGUCCGUAUUAUGUUGCACCUGAGGUUCUGAAAAAAUGUUAUGGACCAGAGAUAGACGUAUGGAGCGCUGGUGUUAUCCUUUAUAUCUUACUAAGUGGAGUUCCUCCUUUUUGGGCAGAAACCGAGUCAGGAAUCUUUAGACAGAUAUUGCAAGGGAAGAUAGAUUUUAAAUCUGAUCCGUGGCCUAGUAUCUCAGAAGGUGCUAAAGAUUUGAUUUACAAAAUGCUCGAUAGGAGCCCCAAGAAACGUAUUUCUGCACAUGAAGCAUUGUGCCACCCUUGGAUUAUUGAUGAACAAGCUGCACCAGACAAGCCUCUCGAUCCAGCAGUCUUGUCGCGUCUAAAACAGUUCUCGCAAAUGAAUAAAAUCAAGAAAAUGGCCUUACGAGUAAUCGCUGAGAGACUCUCGGAGGAAGAAAUUGGUGGUCUGAAGGAAUUGUUCAAAAUGAUAGAUACAGACAACAGUGGAUCAAUCACCUUUGAGGAGCUUAAAGCAGGUCUGAAGAGAGUUGGAUCUGAACUGAUGGAAUCAGAAAUUAAGUCUCUUAUGGAUGCGGCGGAUAUAGACAACAGCGGGACAAUAGACUACGGUGAAUUCCUAGCAGCGACAUUACAUAUGAACAAGAUGGAGAGAGAGGAGAAUUUGGUGGUUGCGUUUUCCUACUUUGAUAAAGACGGUAGCGGUUAUAUAACCAUUGACGAGCUUCAACAAGCCUGCACAGAGUUUGGUCUCUGUGACACUCCUCUCGACGACAUGAUCAAAGAGAUUGAUCUUGACAAUGAUGGGAGGAUUGAUUUCUCAGAGUUUACUGCGAUGAUGAAGAAAGGAGAUGGUGUUGGUAGGAGCAGAACUAUGAGGAACAACUUGAACUUCAAUAUAGCUGAGGCUUUUGGUGUUGAGGACACCAACACUUCUACUAAAUCUGAUGACUCACCAAACUAAUUAUAAUCAUCUAUAUAUAUUUGGAAUUGAGAAAUGAGAACCCACAAAAGAAAAACUGAAUCUUUCUUUUAUCUCUUUUUGUUUUCGUUUUCACUUUUUGUAGAUGAGCAACUUUCUCAAUUUUGUUAUAGCAUGGAUAAUUUUUGCUUCAUAUU